AGGUCGUAAAGAUGAUGAUCAUCGUCGUCUGCCUGUUCGUCCUCUGCUGGCUGCCGCUCCAGAUGUACAACCUGUUGCACAACAUCAACCCGCUCAUCAACCAGUAAGUUCCUUUUGUCUGUCUGCAUUUGUGUUUGUUUUUGAGUUGUUUUUUUUUUUGGUGUGUUUUCGUGUGUCUCGAGUGUGUCCCGGAGUGUGUCCCGAGGGCGUCCCGAGGGUGUCCCGAGGGUGUCCCGAGGGUGUCCCGAGGGUGUCCCGAGUGUGGAUGGUCCAGCUGCAUCCACGUGUUUGUUUGUUUUUUUUGGUCUGUUUAUCUCAAGAUAACCAUGUCCUUUUAAAGACGUUCUUUCCACUUGGAUUUCCAUCUUAUGGAUGGAGUGUAAUUUCGCUGUUUACGCACGUGACAUUUUCGCUCAGUUGAUCGUUUUCUGGUGAACUGAUCACCAAACACACAUAUCCUUGUGAUUUCUGAGAUUAUUCUCUUAAGAUCCUGGCUAGUGCAUUGGCUACCAGCUCCAUCCGCUGAGCCACACAACAAUUUCCACACGUAAACGUAUUGAUCGUCUCGCUGCAACUGAGUUGUGUCAAAAUCGUGUCUACCUGGUCCAGUGUAGGGUGAGAAGGCGCGCUCAUACAAGAGCUGUUGGAUUUGGGGUAUUUAAAAAAAUAUAUAUACUCCUAUGGAGCUAAUUUAAAGAUUAAAAUUUUAAGACUAAAAAUUAGCAAAUAAAUUAUCUUUUUAUAAACUUUUUUUAAAGAAUCUCUGACAAGCAAGAGUUAAAACGCACUAAAAAGUAGAAAAUAAUUCAAUCGUCUUAAAUGAAUUACGCAAAGUCUGUCUGAAAUAUGUUUUCGUAAAUUAAUAUGUAACGUCUACUUAAAUUGGAACCCAUCGGCUACAUAAAAUGCUACACAGUGUGCUACAUAGAGUGCUACAUACAGUGCUACACAGAGUGCUAAACGGAGCGCUACACAGGGUGCUACAUAACAUGCUAAUCCACACUUCUGCGCAGUAUUUUUAUUAUUAUCAUUAUUUUUUCUUUAAGCUCAGGGAAUUUAAAUAAAUAUUUUAAAAAAGAAAGUACCUUUAGUAUUUCUGAUUAUGUUUAGGUAAUCAGUGUGAAAUACCGCUACUGUAUGUUUCUUUUAAUUUGUUUGUAUUCUAAGAGCAUUUGUGCUUUAAUUGCAUUUCAUUUAUCUAUCUAUCUAUCUAUCUAUCUAUCUAUCUAUCUAUCUAUCUAUCUAUCUAUCUAUCUAUCUAUCUAUCUAUCUAUCUAUCUAUCUAUCUAUCUAUCUAUCUAUCUAUCUAUCUAUCUAUCUAUCUAUCUAUCUAUCUAUCUAUCUAUCUAUAUAUCUAUCUAUCUAUCUAUCUAUCUAUCUAUCUAUCUAUCUAUCUAUCUAUCUAUCUAUCUAUCUAUCUCUAUCUAUUUAAUAUAUUUUUCUUUCUCUAUCUUUCUCUCUAUCUCUCUUCCUCUCUCUCUCUAUCUCUCUCUAUUUCUCUCUAACUCUCUCGCUACAUCCCUCUCUCUAUUUCUCUCUAACUCUCUCUCUAUCUCUCUCUUUAACUCUUCCUAGCUCUCUCUCCAUCUCACUCUAUCUCACUCUAUCUCUCUAUCUCUCUAUCUCUAUCUCUCUAUCUCUCUAACUCUCUAUCUCUCUAUCUCUAUCUCUCUAUCUCUAUCUCUAUAUCUCUAUCUCUAUCUCUCUAUCUUUAUCUCUCUAUAUCUCUAUCUAUCUCUAUCUAUCUCUAUCUAUCUUUAUCUAUCUCUAUCUAUAUCUAUCUACAUCUAUCUCUAUCUACAUCUAAAUCUAACUACAUAUAUCUACAUCUAUCUACAUCUAUCUAAUCUAUCCUCUAUCAUCUAUCUAUCAUCUAUCUAUCAUCUAUCUAUCAUCUAUCUAUCAUCUAUCUAUCAUCUAUCUAUCAUCUAUCUAUCAUCUAUCUAGCAUCUAUCUAGCAUCUAUCUAUCAUCUAUCUAUCAUCUAUCUAUCAUCUAUCUAUCAUCUAUCUAUCAUCUAUCUAUCAUCUAUCUAUCAUACAUACCUAACUACCUACAUACCUAACUACCUACAUACCUACCUACCUAAAUACCUAACUACAAACCUACCUACGUACCUACAUACAUACCUAUAUACAUACCUACGUCUAUACUCAGCUACAUCUAUACAUAGCUACAUCUAUACAAAACUACAUCUACACAUACCUACAUCUAUACAUAUAAACAUCUAUUCAUAUAUACAUCUAUAUAUAUCUAUCUAUAUAUAUAUAUAUAUAUAUAUAUAUAUAUAUAUAUCUAUAUCUAUAUAUAUAUAUAUAGAUAUAGAUCUACAUAUACCUAUAUAUAUCUAUAUGUAUCUAUAAAUCUAUAUGUAUCGAUGUAUCUAUUUAUGUCUCUAUCUAUCUAUAUAUGUAUCUUAUUAUGUAUCUAUCAAUCUAUAUAUAACCUGAGAUAGUUCCGCUCGUAUCUGACAAAUUGGUUCCAAUCAGUUAUCGCAAACGGCUUGACCUGGAAUCAAUCUAUUAUUAUAUUCGGAGUGCCCUUAGGGCUCGGUCCUAGGUCCGAUGCUUUUCACUAUGUCCGUUCGGCCCCUGGGUGCAGUGAUCAAGCAAUUUGAUUGGCUCUAUCACAUUUUCGCGGAUGAUACCCAACUUCAGCAAUCCGUGAUCCCCUCUCAGUUCCCUCAGCUUCUUAGUAUGACACAGAAGACAGUGGAGUCAGUUAAGCACUGGAUGAACAUAAACUAGCUCAAAUUGAACGAUGAAAAGACCGAGCUGUUCCCAUUGCUUCCGUUCAAGAGCUAAAAUCUGUAAAUAACACGCCACCCCCUUCUCUCUCAGUAUACAGAUUGAAUUUGCUCAAACAGUGUGAAACCUGGGUGUCUUCUUAGAGAGAACACUUACUAUGGAAAAUCCCAUUAACAUGAUUCGCAAGGCGAUUUUUCUACAGCUGCGCUGAAUUAGUCUUAUCAGACCUUUCUUAACGUUUGAUGCAACAAAGAGGCUGAUGUCUUCAUUCGUGCUAUCGCGUAUGGACUACUGCAAUGCUCUCAUGGUGGGUCUUCCAGCUACGCUCCUGGAUAAAGUUCAAAAGGUACAGAAUAAUGCGGCAAACUCUCGAUACCACGUGUUCGCCUUGAGACUUACGGAAGGCGCACGUUCGCAUUUGCUGGCCCAACAAUUUGGAACACCCUUCUUGUCGCUCUCAGAAGCAGCCAGACUUAGGAGUCUUUCAAAACCGAUUUGAAAACAUAUCUUUUUCGCAAACACCUGUUGGGGUGAAUUUGUCUUCCAUCUUUUCCAGCUAACUAUUAUCUCCUAGAUGUAAAGAGGCCUGUGUUGUUUAUGGCUGCAAGGGAUGAAAGACUUAGAAUGGGUAUUCUCGUAUGAAUUUUAUGUAAUGUUGCGUUUAAUAUUUCAAUGUGCAAAAUAUAGAUUUUUUAAAUUUCUUUUUUAAUAUGGAUGACUUUGUACCGCGCUUCAAGCCUUUGUGGAUAAAGCAUGAUUUUCAAAUAAGCUUUAUUAUUAUUAUUAUUAAAUAUAUCUAUAUCUAUUUCUAUCUAUCUAUAGAUAUAGAUAUAUAUAUAUAUAUAUAUAUAUAUAUAUAUAUAUAUUUUUGUAUAUAUCUCUUUCUUUUUUUUCCUCUCUUUCUCUCUCUCUCUCUCUCUCCCACUCUCUCUCUCUCACUCUCUUUAUUAAAAUAUAUAUAUAUAUCUAUAUCUAUCUAUAUAUAUAUAUAUAUAUAUAUAUAUAUAUAUAUAUAUAUAUAUAUAUAUCACUGUCUAUAUCUCAUUUUUUCUUAUCCUCUCUCUUUCUCGCUCUCUCACUCUCCCAAACUCUGUCUCCCACUUUCUCUCUCCUCUCUUUUUCUCUCUCUCCUCUCUUUUUCUCUCUCUCUCUCCUCUCUCUCUCCCUCUCUCCCUCCCUCCCUUCCCCUCCCACCCUCCCUCGCUCUGUACAUAAACUGAUUGUACAAUUCAGCUGACUAAAUAGAUCCCUAUUUACUAGCGAAGACCUUAUCACCCACGAUAAACCGGGCCUCCUACUCGCCUUGACCAAAACUUUCAUUCGGGCUCAAAAUAGUUUUUAUGUAGUCUAGCUAAGAAUUCAAAUUUCAACUGGAGCAAAUUUUAAUCUGACAAGAACUUUAAAAAAAAAAAAAUUUAAUGACACACACAUUUUUUGCUUAAAUAAAACAAUCUCUCACACUCUACUUAUAUUGAUACAAUAUACAGUAUUCUCACCUUUCGGCCAAAUGCCUUCAUCGGUUAAACGUAGAACAUUGACAUAAGUAUAAAUUAAAUUUACUUUCAAUAUUUAUAUUCUACCUAUAAAUAAAAAAAAAAAAAAAAAAAAAAAAAAAAAAAGAAAAGAAUAUACGGGCACAAAACCUAAACGAAAUCAACGAACAGAAGAAGGGAGAGAAGGUGUGUGGAAGAACAAUUAAAAAAAAAAAAAACAUAAAAAAGACAUUUGCUGAUAUUUAAAAUUGUGAAUUGGGUACAACACGUAUAUGGUUUAUGAAAAAAAAAAUAAUAAUUUUGCAUUUGAAAGAAAACUGUCUGGUCCUUUGGAAAAUCAAUGCGGGGAGACUUGUAUUUGCAUGUGAAGUGCACUGAAUGUGAUGUUCAUUUUAUGAUAAUUUAUGUUCAUCGUUAUACCAUCGUGUCUGUCUGGUCCCGGGGAUAGUCUCUUGUCCCGGUGGUAGUCUCUGGUCCCGGUGGUAGUCUCUGUUUCCGGGGUAGUCUCUGGUCCCGAGUGUAGUCUCUGGUCCCGGUGAAAAUCUGUGGUCCCGGUGAUAGUCUCUGGUCCUGAGGGUAGUCUCUGGUCCCGGGGGUAAUCUCUGGUCCCGGGAGUAGUCUCUGGUCCGGGGGGGGGGGUAGUCUCUCGAUCGGAAGGGCNCUGUGGUCCCGGGGGUAGUCUCUGGUCCCGGGGGGGGGGUAGUCUCUGGUCCCGGUGGUAGUCCCAUUGAGUGCAAACGUUUCAAUGGUCAUCCAAAGUGUAUUCUAUCUUUGAAUCUACCAAUGCAGGAGUAAGUAUGUGUAUGGGAUAACUUGGGUGUCCCUUACUUUUAUGUGACACUUAAACACCCGAAAUUUUUCUGAAAGUUAAUGCGCCCGUCGUUCUUAAGGGAUAGUGCAUGAACCUUUUUUAAGUUCCACCAUGGCAUGUUCAAUAAACGCAUUCAUCUGCCAUCGUUCCGACAAUAAAUUUAAUUAAAACAAAGUCCGUGCAAUGUCGAGCUGAUCUGUUGGACAAGUGCAGAGAAUUUCCCUGGAGACAUGUCAACAAUGACCUGACAGUAACACAACACGGUCUUAAAACCCGAAGGGUAAAAUUUCCAACUUAAAAUAACCCAGAAAAAGAUAUUUAAAAGUCAACAACGCUCGUCCACUGGCAGAUCCCGUUAUGAAAAAAAAAAUGCCUAGAGACACGAAAGUAAGUAGACAGAGCACAGAGAUGUGUACAAACAACAAGUCUUGCGUCAGAACACUGAGAUGUGUAAAUACACAAAAGUAUGUUUCACAGAACACAGACAUGUGUAGAAACACGAAGUGUAUUGACAGAAUACAAAGAUGUGUAAAAACACGAAGUAUGUUGACAGAAUACAAAGAUGUGUAAAAACACGAAGUAUGUUGACAGAAUACAAAGAUGUGUAAAAACACGAAGUAUGUUGACAGAAUACAAAGAUGUGUAAAAACACGAAGUAUGUUGACAGAAUACAAAGAUGUGUAAAAACACGAAGUAUGGAGACAGAAUACAAAGAUGUGUAAAAACAUGAAGUAUGUAGACAGAAUACAAAGAUGUGUAGAAACACGAAGUAUGUUGACAGAAUACAAAGAUGUGUAGAAACACGAAGUAUGUUGACAGAAUACAAAGAUGUGUAAAAACACGAAGUAUGUUGACAGAAUACAAAGAUGUGUAAAAACACGAAGUAUGUAGACAGAAUACAAAGAUGUGUAAAAACACGAAGUAUGUUGACAGAAUACGAAGAUGUGUAAAAACACGAAGUAUGUUGACAGAAUACAAAGAUGUGUAAAAACACGAAGUAUGUUGACAGAAUACAAAGAUGUGUAAAAACACGAAGUAUGUUGACAGGAUACAAAAAUGUUUAGAAACACGAACUAUGUUGACAGAAUACAAAGAUGUUUAAAAACACGAAGUAUGUAGACAGAAUACAAAGAUGUGUAAAAACAUGAAGUAUGUAGACAGAGUAAAAAGAUGUGUAAAAACACGAAGUAUGUUGACAGAAUACAAAGAUGUGUAAAAACAUGAAGUAUGUAGACAGAAUACAAAGAUGUGUAAAAACACGAAGUAUGUUGACAGAAUACAAAGAUGUGUAAAAACACGAAGUAUGUAGACAGAAUACAAAGAUGUGUAAAAACACGAAGUAUGUAGACAGAAUACAAAGAUGUGUAAAAACACGAAGUAUGUAGACAGAAUACAAAGAUGUGUAAAAACACGAAGUAUGUAGACAGAAUACAAAGAUGUGUAAAAACACGAAGUAUGUAGACAGAAUACAAAGAUGUUUAAAAACACGAAGUAUGUAGACAGAAUACAAAGAUGUGUAAAAACAUGAAGUAUGUAGACAGAAUACAAAGAUGUGUAAAAACACGAAGUAUGUAGACAGAAUACAAAGAUGUGUAAAAACACGAAGUAUGUUGACAGAAUACAAAGAUGUGUAAAAACACGAAGUAUGUUGACAGGAGAGAGAGAGAGAGAUGUGUAAAAACCUAAAGUAUGGUGUCACAAUAGAGAGUUGUAUAUUUUGUUGUUUCCCCAUUGUUUUUAGUAAGGAUGAUACAUUUUCCAAAUGUUCAAUUUUUUUUAGUAAUCCACGAUGUCACUAACAGAAAAUUUGGGUUGAACUGAAUUUUUUUUUUUCAUUUUACCGCCCCUUCCCUAAUUUAAUUUGGUUUUGAAUUCGCCUUUUAAUUAAUUUCCAAGUGAUGUAUAGUUCAAAAUAUGUGAACAAAAAUAUUAAAAAAGCCGAUUCAUUAAAUGCAGAUCAGUAAGGUAUAGGUUUUUGUUAAGGUAAACAAAUGUAAUCAGGAUUUUUAAAGACAACACGCGCAUUGAUUUAUGUGGUGCAGGUAAAAGAAGGUCGGGAUCAUUUAGUGCAUUCAUGUUGUCAUUUUAAGUUAUAUUACAGAACAUAAAACAUAACAUAUUACAUAACAUAGUUUGUGGUUUGUUUUACUUACACUCUGGAUAAAUCACUUCAAUACCUUAACCAACUCUGGUUAUAUGACUUCACUACCUUACCCAACUCUGGAUAAAUGUCUUCAAUACCUUUCACAACUCGGGUAUAUGACUUCAUAUCUUACCCAACUCUGGAAAAUAAUUUAAAUGCAUUACCCUUAUCUGGAUAUAUGACUUAAAUACACAACGAAAGUCUGGGAUAUGUAUUCAAUUACCUUACCCAACUCUGGGAUAUGACCUCAAUACCUUACCCAACUCUGGGAUAUGACUUCAAUACCUUAUCUAACUCUGGGAUAUGACUUUAAUACCUAACCAACUCUGGGAUAUGACUUCAAAACCUUAUCUAACUCUGGGAUAUGACUUUAAUACCUAACCCCAUUCUGGGAUGUGACUUCAAUACCGUAUCUAACUCUGGGAUAUGACUUUAAUACAUAACCAACUCUGGGAUAGGACUUCAAUACCUUAUCUAACUCUGUGAUAUGACUUUAAUACCUAACCCAACUCUGGGAUAUGACUUCAAAACCUUAUCUAACUCUAGGAUAUGACUUUAAUACCUAACCCCAUUCUGGGAUGUGACUUCAAUACUGUAUCUAACUCUGGGAUAUGACUUUAAUACAUAACCAACUCUGGGAUAGGACUUCAAUACCUUAUCUAACUCUGUGAUAUGACUUUAAUACCUAACCCAAAUCUGUGAUAUAGCUUCAAUACCUAACGAAACUUAGGGAUAUGACUUCAAUAUCUUUCCCAAAUCCGUGAUAUGACUUAAAUACCUUACCCAACUCUGGGAUAUAACUUUAAUACAUAAUCCAACUCUGUGAUUUGACUUCAAUACCAUACCUAACUGUAGGAUAUGACUCAAUACGUUACCCAACUCUGGGAUAUUACUUCAAUACACUCCCCAACUCUUGGAUAUGGCUUUAAUACUUAACCCAACUCUGGGAUAUGACUUCAAUACCUUAUCUAUCUCUGAGAUAUGACUUCACUACCUUACCCAACUCUGGGAUAUGACUUCAAUACCUUGCCCAACUCUGGGAUAUGUCUUCAAUACCUUACCCAACUCUGGGAUAUGACUUCAAUACCUUACCCAACUCUGGGAUAUGACUUCAAUACCUUACCCAACUCUGGGAUAUGACUUCAAUACCUUAUCUAACUCUGAGUUAUGACUUCAAUACCUAACCCAAAUCUGUGAUAUGACUUCAAUACCUUACCCAACUCUGGGAUAUGACUUCAAUACCUUAACCCAACUUUGGAAAAAUGACUUCAAUACCUUACCCAACUCUGGGAUAUGACUUCAAUACCGUACCCAACUCUGGGAUGUGACAUCAAUACCCUACCCAACUCUGGGAUAUGACUUCAAUACCUUAUCUAACUCUGGAAUAUGUCGCUAUAACUUGAGCGCAUAUACUAAACAUGAACAUUUGCAACUCAUGCCAAGGCUUGACACAUAAAAUGUCCAUAUUGUUCAUAUUUUAUAUAUUUUAUAAUAUAUUUUUUUUCUAGAACGAUAUAACGAGAGUCAGUAUUAUCAUGGAUCAUUGAUUGGAAUGCUGUGUUUCAAACUUUAAAUAAACAAAACUGUAUGAUAUUUGGGCUCACCUUGCAGUAGGAUGAUUUUACAGUGAAAAAUUCGUCAGUGAGACGUGGACAGUGUAAAGCAGACAUGCAAGACAACUAAACCACCUCCACCAACGCUUUCUAAGAAAAACUUCUUAGCAUAAGGCGGCAGGAUCAAGACCUUGUACAGAAGUAAUACAUAAGCUGACUUCAUCAGCAUCCAAACGUUCCAAGAAAAAUGGACUAAGAGACAAGCCAAGAUGAAAAGAGCAUAUUGCGAGAAUGCUAGACGGCAGACUUCCCAAAAAAAACAAAUUUUUGGUGGAACUCUCCACAGGGAAACUCUCUGCACUUUGCAGAAAAAAAUAUUUGAGAAAUGACUAAAAUGUUUACUUAACUCCAUGGAUAUUUACUUUUAUUCGUGGGAAACGCGGGCUGUGAAUCGAACAAGCUGGCGAGGCAGACUCACUGUUGGAGCACAAUCCUCAGAGAUUGAACACAUCGCAUACGCCAAAAGAAAGCGCACUGCAAAGAAAAGCAGAAUCGGCUCCAAUCCAACUAUGACCCAAAAACACGAGUCUUACGUGCGGGAAGGCUUUCCAGGCUCAACUACUUGCGUACUCACCGUUAAGUAUAGCACUGGUUAUUUCUUAUCUUCCUACCCCCACCCCCAAUUCCCCCCCCCCCACCCACAGAAAAUUAUAAACAAUACACUACUGAUUUAUUUCGUAGUUUAACAUUUUGCUAACUCAUUCUUUCAGGUUUAUUCAAAUUUCUUCUGCUUUUUUCGUGCCUAUAAAUAGCCAUGUGUGCAAAUCCUUGCCAAUAAAUUGUUUGGUGUAAAACUUUUGGAAAAACGUUUAUUCCCCUUUUAUAUAAGACUUAUACAAUGCCACCCUCACCCCUUAAAAUUGUCAUUCAUUUCCUGUGGUUUAGCUGGGGAAGGGGGGUGUCAAGCUCAUUGAUAAUACUUUCCAUUUGCCUUUUCUGUGGGGGGGGGUGUAUUUUUCACUCCUUGAAUGAAUUACUGACUUGAGCUUGUCAUGAACGGAUGAACAAUUAAAAGUCAGACGUCACCCGGCGGGCCGCUAUACCAGUUCAAAUAUUUAACGAAGUGCGUGGGCGCCAAGGACAAACGUGAAGAAGGGCGAGCACCUAAACCGGAAGUGAGAUGGUGAACUGGAUUUCAAUGGGGACUUUACGGCACAGAAGUUGAUUGGUGAUCACUGGGACUUUUUUUUAAUAAAGCGCUGACAAGAUGUCGUAGUUGAGAUGGGUGGUUAUUCCCUUAACACUGAGCGCAAAUCAAUAAAGCUCGUGCAUAACAAUAGCCCCACGGGCAAACGACCGACCCAUUUUUGCGGGCGGGGGGGGGGGGGGGGGGGGGGGUUUUUUUUUGGCGAUACUAUUUUUUGCAUUUUGUCUUCCCGUUUUUUUUUGAAGUUGCAGUCUAUAUCAUUACAAAUAACCUCAAGUCUUAUCAAAUCUGUUUUUUUUUCUUAAAUCAUUUAUGUUAAUUUCGACUCUUUUAGUGGCUAGCUGGGUGAGCAAAUCUUCGGUUGGCUAAUUGACCCACUUCCCGUCAGUUUAUCGAGCUAAAACUCGCUGCCGAUUACAAUACAUUCAAUGAAACUUUCAGCCCCAUCCCUCAAUCCCAAAACCCACAAAUCAGUCUUUCCUGCGUUUUAAAGGGGAACACGCAGUAAAAUUACAGAUAACUGCGCUACAUCAGAUUCUUUAAAAUAUAUAUAUAUUACAUAUCGCAGGUGCAUUUGGUGCGUAAUAUUUUCUUUGCUUUUCCGAAAUAGUUUUUGCAAUAAAUAUGAGGUAUGAAAUUGGGUGUGUCAUUAGAAUAGUAAUAUAGUUCAGAGGCGUGAACGCAAUGAGUGAUUUGGAAGGUUGAAAGGGGGGGGGGGGGGGGGCCACUUAUUGGGGUUCUUUUAAAGUACAUUAUUUUCAUGCAUGUUUGUCAAAUUCUCAGCCCCACCCCUCAUUGCUCGAUAUUACAUUUUAUAAAGCCUUUAUAUCCCCAAAAAAUUGUAUUUAGGAAUUGUGUAAUGUAUUCACAUCGAAAUGAUCUCCGACUCGAUAUGUUCUAUGGUGACUUUUUUUUUGUUCAAUUCUCCACAGCUACCAUUACAUCAACAUCAUCUGGUUUUCGUCCAAUUGGCUGGCCAUGAGCAACUCUUGCUACAACCCUUUCAUCUACGGCCUCUUGAAUGUGAGUAUCUAUCUUCUUUUUGUUAUGUCCUCUACGUCCAGACCGGCUCCACUUGCCUGAAUGGUGUCCAAAAGUGAGCAAAAGUGAUGGAAAAAUUGAUGUGACUUCAGUACCUUGUCACACUCAAGGACUCGGCUAAAUUGGCGUUGUAAAUGUUAUAGGGUAAAUAUUCAUUAGAGUGACGAGCAACUCAUUUUAUAUUUUCGUUUCAUAUUUUCAACAAUGUUGAAUAUAAAAAUCUGGAGCAAAUAAAUACCUUCGUCUCCCUUUCUACAGACGGCGUCCUUGUGUUUUGAGAAGCGAUGUGGGGAUAGUUUUUUUUUUUUUUUUAAUGAAAUCUUUACGCUCGUUUUGGUUUAAGAUUUUAAGAAAGGUUGUCCAUGGCCGUGCUAGGAAGUACAAGGUUAUGACGUCAUCUGGACUUUCUCUUCCUUGUGUUUUGAGAAGCGAUGUGGGGAUAGUUUUUUUUUUUUUUUUAAUGAAGUCUUUACGCUCGUUUUGGUUUAAGAUUUUAAGUAAGGUUGUCCAUGGCCGUGCUAGGAAGUUCAAGGUUAUGACGUCAUCUGGACUUUCUCUCGCCUAUUUAAGAGCGCUGCAUUUAUAUGUCCCUGAAAUGAUAUCACCGCUGCUGGAUUUGAUUCGGAACAGUUGGCCUAACAAAUCUCCCUGGCAACGAGGAUGUGAUGCGACCCAAUCCGCUUUCCUGGCUGGAGGGUGGGGGAGGGGGUGAAAAAAAAAGGGGGGGGGCUGACAGUUAUUCAAAUGUAUGCGUCUUAUGAGAAAUGAAAUAUGAUGUGCGAAACAAAUUUUAUAUAACUUGCGAAGAAGCCGAAUUGGAAUAUUUCUGGGUAAAAGGCGGGGGGGGGGGCACAGAAAUGAAAGUUGUGACCUUUCUACAUUGAACUAGAAUAGAUGAAAGGAGAAACAAAAAACUUUUCACCAAAACAAAAACAAAGGCGUCUUCAUCCGAGUUACUUGGUUACCUUAAGCGGUUACUUUAAGCGGUAACUACUAUGCAUAACUGCAAGAUGAGUAUAGACUCCGACCCAGUCUUGUGGAGCCGCUUACCACGGCGUGUGAUGGAUACUUCUUGAGUUGUCUACUGUGCUCUGUUCUUUGUUAUAUUUUCAUUUCUCCUGUUUGGCUGAGGAAGGCUUUAUGCCGAAACGUUCUUGGUAUUUUUUUAUUUUUUUUGUCCUCUUAUCUAAUCAAGCUUCCACGUACCUCGUUUUGCUAUUUCAUUCAUUUACUAAGCUUGAAAGCAGUCCUUUUCAUUUAUAUUUUGAUGAUAUCAACCAGGUCUUUUCGUAUUGGACAACAAUAAUUACGCCCACGCCAUCGUCACAUUGGGACGGACGGAUGCCAGCCAAAAAAACAAUUGAGGGGGUGGUGUGUGGUGGAGAAUAAUUUCCAUCCACCAAGGUCCUGGUGGAAACUGUGGAGUGAAGCUACACGAUUUUGAUUGGAAUCAUUAUUUCAAGGUGGUCAUCGGAACAGCGCCAAACUCCUCAGAAAUACAGUCUUUCUUUUAGGGCCCCCCCCGAGAAAACAUCUCUAUUUCAUCUGGUUUCCAAUAAACAAAAGGGAACCUGGAGUUUGAAGGAUAAACAUUAAUUCCAUGUUUUUUUUUUUUUUUUAAAUUGGAUUCGAUAAGACAAGCGGAUAUUUUAAUCGAAUUUAACUCAAACAAAAAUUUGAGCUUGCUUUAAAUGUUAGCGUUUUGUUUCCUUGUUAUUUUAGUUUAACAGGAUUUCACAACAAGCCUAUGCUUAUAGAAUAAAAUCAAAUCAUAAAACUCCCUUUUAUUUGAUAUUAUUGUUAGAAAGGGAAGAAUAACCCCAUGAGAAAAUUAUUAAUAAAGAUCACAUGUUAUUUAAAAUUUUAUAAGAUAAGAUUACCUCAAAUUUCUGGGGGGGUUUUUCCUUUAGAAUUUUUUAUUUAGUUAUGAUUGUAUCAAAAAAUGAUGCAGUCGUCUGAUAUGAUUGAUAAAAUCAUAUAAUAUGAACGAUACACUUUUCCAAUAUGAUUGAAAAAGCCAUAUAAUAAUUAAUGGUACAAUCAUCUAGAAUGAAUGAUACAAUCAUCUAAAAUGAAUGAUACAAUCAUCUAAAUUGAAUGACUAGUGAAAAUCUAGUAUCGAUGAAUUAUCUUCCGAUUACUGGUGGGCUGACCUUCCUCUUCCUAAUGGCUUGUAUUCCAGAAAAGAUCACAUUUGGAUUGGAUAGUGCCUGGCUCUUUUACACCUGAGAACAUGGAUGAAAUGGAAUUGAAAGGGCAAUAUGAUCUUCUGAAUUCAAUGAAUCCCCCUGGCUGUGAGUUGACCACUCCCCCCUCCCCCUUUUUUUCUGGCUGAGAAUUCUCUUAUCCUGGCUUUGAGCUGGCUGUGAGUUGACUCCCCCCUGACUGUGAGUAGACUCCCCAUGGCUGUGAGUUGACUCCUCGUGACUGUGAGUUGACUUCCCUAUGGCUGUGAGUUGACUCCCCCUGACUGUGAUUUGACUCCACCUGCCUGUGAGUUGACUCCACCUGACUUUGAGUUGACUCCCCGUGACUGUGAGUUGACUCCCCAAACCCUGGCAUGAGGUGGCAAUAGUUUCAAAACCUAAACAUUGUUUGCAUUUGUUUGUUUUUUUUGUUGUUUUUUUUUAAUCGCCAGUUUGACAUUUGUUUGUAUGUUUGCAAACUCAUCUGGAACUCAGUUUGAGAUUGGAGACAGACUCAUAAUUUUGAAUCGGACUUUGAUCUAUGGGAGUCUAUGUUUAAAAUGAUAUAAUCUGGGGGGGGGGGGGGGGGGGGAAAUAAGGGGCGGGGGGGGGGCAGAGACAGAGCUCAAAGAAAGGGAAAUAAGUAGGGUAUAUCAUUAUCUUAAUUUUUACCUUAACACAUGUAUCAACUUAGUAAUGACACAUAGCCGUGUUAAACCUGUACUCAGUUCUGAAAUAACGUUGAAUAACAGUUGGCGAAGGUCUAGAUCAGAGACUUUCAAAUUUUUUUUCGCCCCCUCUCCCCCUCGGAUACAUUAAGACACCCCCCCCUUUUCCCCCGUCUUCCUAGUUAUAUUCAUUAAGUAGAUUAUUAUUUUUGCAAGUAGCUAAUAUCGCACAAAAAUGUGAAAUAUUACCAUAGUAUAUUUGAGUGUUAAAAUACAACUAAAUCAUUUUACGCUAAUGAAAUNGUGGGGGAAAAAAGUUUUAACAAUCUGAAAAAUUUUCUUUUACUUUCUCUUCCCUCCCCCCCCCCCCCCCACCAAAAUCCCUCCAGGAAAAGUUCAAACGUGAGUUUCACCAGCUGUUCGUCAUGUGUCCGUGCUGGAAGGCGCGCGUCGACUACUACACGGAGUACUUCUCCGAGGACGCCAACAUCUGCCGGCGCGCCAACACCAACGGUCACUGCCCGGCCAACAGGUAUGAUCUUGUCUCGGUACGUGUGACCAAGCUAGUGAUUGUUGUCGCCAGGGUGACCAAAAUGGUUUUUAUUAAGGCCAGGGUGACCAAUAAGUUUUUAUUAAGACUAGGGUGACCAAUAAGUUUUUAUUAAGAACAGGGUGACCAAAAGGGUUUUUAUUAAGACCAGGGUGACCAAUAAGUUUUUAUUAAGACCAGGGUGACCAAUAAGUUUUUAUUAAGACCAGGGUGACCAAUAAGUUUUAAUUAAAACCAGGGUGACCAAUAAGUUUUUAUUAAGGCCAGGGUGACCAAUAAGGUUUUGAUUAAGGCCAGGGUGACCAAAAGGGUUUUUAUUAAGGCCAGGCUGACCAAAAGGGUUUCGAUUAAGGCCAGGGCGACCAAUAUGGUUUUAAUAAGGCCAGGGCGACCAAUACGAUUUUUAUAUAAGGCCAGGGUGACCAAUAAGUUUUAUUAAGACCAGGGUGACCAAUAAGUUUUUAUUAAGGCCAGGGUGACCAAAAGGUUUUUAUUGAGACCAGGGUGACCAAUAAGUUUUAUUAAGACCAGGGUGACCAAUAAGUUUUUAUUAAGGCCAGGGUGACCAAAUACGUUUUUAUUAAGGCCAGGGUGACCAAAAGGGUUUUUAUUAAGACCAGGGUGACCAAUUACUUUUUAUUAAGACCAGGGUGACCAAUAAUUUUUUAUUAAGACCAUGUUGACCAAUAAGUUUUUAUUAAGGCCAGGGUGACCAAUAAGUUUUAAUUAAAACCAGGGUGACCAAUAAGUUUUUAUUAAGGCCAGGGUGACCAAUAAGGUUUUGAUUAAGGCCAGGGUGACCAAAAGGGUUUUUAUUAAGGCCAGGCUGACCAAAAGGGUUUCGAUUAAGGCCAGGGCGACCAAUAUGGUUUUAAUAAGGCCAGGGCGACCAAUACGAUUUUUAUAUAAGGCCAGGGUGACCAAUAAGUUUUAUUAAGACCAGGGUGACCAAUAAGUUUUUAUUAAGGCCAGGGUGACCAAAAGGUUUUUAUUGAGACCAGGGUGACCAAUAAGUUUUAUUAAGACCAGGGUGACCAAUAAGUUUUUAUUAAGGCCAGGGUGACCAAAUACGUUUUUAUUAAGGCCAGGGUGACCAAAAGGGUUUUUAUUAAGACCAGGGUGACCAAUUACUUUUUAUUAAGACCAGGGUGACCAAUAAUUUUUUAUUAAGACCAUGUUGACCAAUAAGUUUUUAUUAAGGCCAGGGUGACCAAUAAGUUUUAAUUAAAACCAGGGUGACCAAUAAGUUUUUAUUAAGGCCAGGGUGACCAAUAAGGUUUUGAUUAAGGCCAAGGUGACCAAAAGGGUUUUUAUUAAGGCCAGGCUGACCAAAAGGGUUUCGAUUAAGGCCAGGGCGACCAAUAGGGUUUUAAUAAGGCCAGGGCGAUCAAUACGAUUUUUAUUAAGGCCAGGGUGACCAAUAGUGUUUUGAUAAAGAUGCGAUAACUCAGUGAGUGAUUUGAUGCAGCGUUAUUGUAGUUUUUGUCCGGGUUCCACUUUGGACAAGCUUUUGUAAGCCCUGCUCCAGUCAGGACACGGGGGAAGGGGUGGUUGUAAGGGUUGCGAAGUGUUUCAAGAAACAUGUUUAUUACUGUCACUACCCCAUCUUAUUAACUGGUUAAGAGAAAUGCUUGUAACGGGUAACAUAGCUUUAAAAAAAUGGAGCAACACAGCUGCUGGUAGAAUAGUGGGACAGGGGCAACAUAGCUGCCGGUAGAAUAGUGGGACAACAUAGCUGCCAGUAGAAUAGUGGGACAGGGGCAACAAAAGUGGUAGAUGAAUAGGCAUCAUAGCUGGUGGUAGAAUAGUGGGACAGGGGCAACAUAGCUGUUGGUAGAAUAGUGGGACAGAGGCAACAUAGCUGCUGGUAGAAUAGUGGGACAGGGGCAACAUAGCUGCUGGUAGAAUAGUGGGACAGAGGCCACAUAGCUGCUGGUAGAAUAGUGGGUCAGGGGCAACAUAGCUGCUGGUAGAAUAGUAGAGCAACAUAGCUGCUGGUAGAAUAGUGGGACAGGGGCAACAUAGCUGCUGGUAGAAUAGUAGAGCUACAUAGCUACUGGUAGAAUAGUGGGACAGGGGCAACAAAAGUGGUAGAAUAGAUAGGCAACAUAGGUGGUUGAAUAGUUGGGCUACGUAGCUGGUAGAAUAGUGGGGCUACGUAGCUGGUAGAAUAGUGGGGCUACGUAGCUGGUACAUUAGUGGGGCUACGUAGCUGUAGAAUAGUGGGGCUACGUAGCUGGUAGAAUAGUGGGGCUACGUAGCUGGUAGAAUAGUGGGGCUACGUAGCUGGUAGAAUAGUGGAGCUACGUAGCUGGUAGAAUAGUGGGGCUACGUAGCUGGCAGAAUAGUGGGGCUACGUAGCUGGUAGAAUAGUGGGGCUACGUAGCUGGUAGAAUAGUGGGGCUACGUAGCUCGUAGAAUAGUGGGGCUACCUAGCUGAUAGAAUAGUGGGGCUACGUAGCUGGUAGAAUAGUGAGGCUACGUAGCUGGUAGAAUAGUGGGGCUACGUAGCUCGAAGAAUAGUGGGGCUACGUAGCUGGUAGAAUAGUGGAGCUACGUAGCUGGUAGAAUAGAUGGGUAACAUAGUUAGUGAAAGAGUGGGAAAACAUUGCUGGUGGAAUAUUGGGGCAACAUAGCUGCUGGUAGAAUAGUGGGACAGGGGCAACAAAAUGGGUAGAAUAGAUAGGCAACAUAGCUGCUAGAAUAGAUAGGCAACAUAGCUGCUAGAAUAGUGGGGCUACGUAGCUCGUAGAAAAGAUGGGCAACAUAGCUAGUAAAAGAGUGGUACAACAUACCAGGUAGAAUAGUGGGGCAACAUAGCUGGUAAAAGAGUUGGAAAACAUUGCUGGUAAAAGAUUGGGGCAACAUAGCUGGUAAAAGAUUGGGACAACAUAGCUGGUAAAAGAUUGGGACAACAUAGCUGGUAAAAGAUUGGGACAACAUAGCUGGUAAAAGAGUAGGGCAACAUAGCUGGUAAAAGAGUGGGGCAACGUAGCUGGUAAAAAAGUGGGGCAACAUAGCUGGUAAAAGAGUGGGGCAACAUAGCUGGUAAAAGAGUGGGGCAACGUAGCUGGUAAAAGAGUGGGGCAACGUAGCUGGUAAAAAAGUGGGGCAACAUAGCUGGUAAAAGAGUGGGGCAACAUAGCUGGUAAAAGAGUGGGGCAACGUAGCUGGUAAAAAAGUGGGGCAACAUAGCUGGUAAAAGAGUGGGGCAACAUAGCUGGUAAAAGAGUGGGGCAACAUAGCUGGUAAAAGAGUGGGGCAACGUAGCUGGUAAAAAAGUGGGGCAACGUAGCUGGUAAAAGAGUGGGACAACAUAGCUGGUAAAAGAGUGGGGCAACAUAGCUGGUAAAAGAGUGGGGCAACAUAGCUGGUAAAAGAGUGGGGCAACAUAGCUGGUAAAAGAGUGGGGCAACGUAGCUGGUAAAAGAGUGGGGCAACAUAGCUGGUAAAAGAGUGGGGCAACGUAGCUGGUAAAAAAGUGGGGCAACGUAGCUGGUUAAAGAGUGGGAAAACAUAGCUGGUAAAAGAGAGGGGCAACAUAGCUGGUAAAAGAGUGGGGCAACGUAGCUGGUAAAAAAGUGGGGCAACGUAGCUGGUAAAAGAGUGGGGCAACAUAGCUGGUAAAAGAGUGGGGCAACGUAGCUGGUAAAAGAGUGGGGCAACGUAGCUGGUAAAAGAGUGGGGCAACGUAGCUGGUUAAAGAGUGGGGCAACUUAGCUGGUAAAAGAGUGGGGCAACAUAGCUGGUAAAAGAGUGGGGCAACAUAGCUGGUAAAAGAGUGGGGCAACGUAGCUUGUAAAAAAGUGGGGCAACGUAGCUGGUAAAAGAGUGGGACAACAUAGCUGGUAAAAGAGUGGGGCAACAUAGCUGGUAAAAGAGUGGGGCAACGUAGCUGGUAAAAAAGUGGGGCAACGUAGCUGGUAAAAGAGUGGGAAAACAUAGCUGGUAAAAGAGAGGGGCAACAUAGCUGGUAAAAGAGUGGGGAAACAAAGUUGGUUGAACAGUGGGAUACCAUAGCUGGUCGGACAUAUAGUUAUACUGGUUCUUAAGUGAAUCAGUAAAUGUAUACAAUUAACAAAGGUCGAUGUCAUUAUAUUACAUUGUAAGAGAUGCUAAUCACUUUUCCUGCGCUACCCUUUAUAUAUAUAGAUAUAUUGUAAUAAAUGUAAAUAUUUAUUUUUCAUUUUUCUUAUUUUUGUGUGUGCUCCUCAUUUGGCCUAGAUUCGGGCCUAAAUGGAAGCUCACAAAUUUCUCCUACUUCGCGUACCUGUCUGAUACCCACCUCGUAACGCACUUGAUCUCUCCCUCAGGCACGGGGCGGUCAGGUACAACUUCUACCGAGACGACAAGAAAGUCUAUGCUAAGCAGGUCCAGGUGCAAGCGGACGAGACGGAGACGUCAAACAUAUGACGAAAGAAGAGAGACGUCAUCCUGAAAAUGACGUCCUACGUUUGAGAGGGCGCGACGCGCGUGCACCGGGGGGCAUCCGUCACGGCGCAUGCGUCACGUUUGUUACACGAUAACUGUACCUGUAUCCAUGAUUACUGUACCUUUA